AUGGAGAAUGGUGGAAAUAGUGUGAACUAUGAAUCAAAGGAAACUUCAACUAUGACCAUAAAGGGUAUUCUAAGCCUUCUAAUCCAAAGCACUGUGGAGAAUAAAAAUAAGAGAGUGAUUUCUCUUGGCUUGGGUGACCCAACACUGUUUUCAUGUUUUCAAACCACAUCUGUCUCCGAAGAAGCUGUUGCCGACACGCUUCUCUCUCACAACUUUCAUGGCUAUGCUCCCACCGCUGGCCUCCCUCAGACCAGACAAGCAAUUGCUGAAUAUCUAUCACGUGAUCUGCCAUACAAACUAUCAUCACAUGAUGUUUUCAUCACGUGCGGGUGCACGCAGGCCAUCGACGUCUCGGUGGCGAUUCUUGCACGAGGCGGUGCAAACAUACUACUGCCGAGACCAGGCUUCCCAAUCUACGAACUGUAUGCCGCAUUUAGACAAGUUGAAGUGAGGCAUUAUGAUUUGCUUCUUGAAAAAGGCUGGGAGGUUGAUCUUGAUUCAGUUAAGGCUCUUGCAGAUCACAACACUGUUGCACUCGUCAUCAUAAACCCUGGAAAUCCCUGUGGAAAUGUCUACUCUUAUAAUCACUUGGAGAAGAUUGCGGAAACUGCAAAACAAAUUGGAACAAUUGUGAUUGCUGACGAAGUUUAUGGCCAUCUUGCAUUUGGGAGCAACCCUUUUGUUCCAAUGGGUGUCUUUGGGGUUAUUGUUCCUGUUAUCACUCUUGGGUCCUUGUCCAAGAGAUGGAUAGUACCUGGUUGGAGGCUUGGUUGGUUUGUGACAACUGAUCCUAGUGGCACAUUCAAAAAUCCCAAGGUAGUUGAGCGCAUUAGAAAGUAUUUUGAUCUUUUGGGAGGUCCAGCCACUUUCAUUCAGGCGGCUGUACCGCGCAUACUUAAUCAAACUGAAGAGUCUUUUUUCAAAAAAACUAUUGAUGAUUUAAGACUUAACUCAGAUAUAUGCUUCAAGGAGAUAGAAGAGAUUCCAUGCAUGUUUUGCCCUCAUAAACCGGAAGGGUCAAUGACUAUGAUAGUGAAACUAAACCUUUUGCUUCUAGAAGAUAUUAGCGAUGAUAUUGAUUUUUGUUUCAAACUUGCAAAGGAGGAAUCUGUUAUCAUUCUUCCAGGAACAACAGUUGGAUUAAAAGAUUGGCUUCGCGUUACUUUCGCCGCCGAUCCAUCUGCCCUUGUAGAAGGUUUGAAAAGGGUCAAAGUUUUCUGCCAAAGACAUGCAAAAAAUGGCUGAAGCAAUGUUAAAUCCAGGAAACAAAAUGGCUACUAAAUAUGUUAUGGCUACUAAAUAUAUUAUGGCUACUAAAU